UCUCUCUCUCUCUCUCUCUCUCUCUCUCUCCCCUUUCCCCCGCCCCCUCGAUAAACUCAAUGGGGCUGUCUAUUUUUAACUUCCUGUUCUUUCCUUUUGGCAGGGUAAUCAUUGUGAGCACAGAGCGUUUCCCUGAAUGAGUCCGGGUAGCCUCAUGGAAGCCUUCUGACAUGACCAGCAGACAGCAUCCCUCCCAAGGCUACUCAGGGUUUAAACCCUGCUUCUGAAGUGACAUGUCCUGCAAAGAAAGUCCCCACGUGGGUGUUUCCACCACCACUGUCAGCUCUGUAGCUGUGCAAGCUGGGGACUCCAAGAUCGUGAUAGCCGUUGUCAAGUGUGGCAAAUGGGUGCGGCUCCAACUGGCUGAGGCACAGCCCAAUCUCCUAGAAAUUGGGAGCAGUCAAGAUGAAACCAGAAAACUGCUUCACGAUCACGAGCUCCUUCUGGCCAAGCUUAAGGCCUUGGAAGAUCGUGUGUGGGGACUCUUACAGGAAGCAGACAGGACGGCUGAAGCAAACAAGGAGCAAAGUGAGGUGUACGAUGCCAUGGCCCAGACUCUGGGCGAAGCAUGGGCCACCCUGGUCUCCAUGCUUGAAAGAAGAAGGGAGCUCCUCGGACUGACAUCUGAGUUUUUUCAAAGCGCCUUGGAGUUUGCUAUAAAAAUAGACCAAGCUGAAGAUUUUCUGCAGAAUCCUCACGAGUUUGAGAGUGCCGAAGCCUUACAGUCACUUCUUCUGCUUCAUGACCGACACGCCAAAGAACUCUUAGAACGAUCUCUAGUCCUUUUAAACAAAAGCCAACAACUCACUGACUUCAUAGAAAAAUUCAAGUGUGAUGGAUCUCCUGUGAAUUCUGAGCUCAUCCAGGGAGCUCAGAGCAGUUGUCUGAAGAUCGACAGCCUCCUUGAACUUCUGCAAGACAGGAGAAGGCAGCUGGACAAGCACUUGCAGCAACAGAGGCAGGAGUUGUCUCAGGUUCUGCAGUUAUGUCUGUGGGACCAACAAGAAAGCCAGGUUUCUUGUUGGUUUCAGAAAACAAUAAGAGAUCUGCAGGAACAGAGUCUGGGUUCAUCCCUUUCAGACAACAAAGAGUUAAUCCGUAAGCACGAGGACCUGACCAUCAAAGCAAAGGAAUGGGAUUUGGCCAUGGAGAAGCUGAAGAGCCAGGCUCUGGGGAUUCUGCUGUCAAAGGACUUGACAGAAAAGGAACAUCUGCAGCUCUCUAACCAGAAACUCAAUCGGCUUCAAGAAGAGUUUGGACGACUCAUGGUGGACAGGAAAGCCUGGCUGACAAUGGCGCAUGACUUCUUUACCAGUGCUAACGAGGCAUUUGAUGUACUUGGAAAAGUUGAAGAUUACCUUAAGCUCCUUAAAUCAGAGGGUUUAAGCCUGCCUGCCUUGGCAGCAAAACAUGAGGAAUUACACAGAGAAAUUAAAGACUCUACAGCCGCCGCUCUGCAAAAGGGACGGACCUUAAUCAGCCAAGUAGACUCCUGCCGCGCUCAGGUGACAGGAAUUCAUGAGACGAUGGGACGCAUUCAGAAGCGAGUGGAUCGUCUCAGCCAGCAAUGUACAGCGCACCAGGAGUUUGCCCUUAAGAAACAGCAAUUAGCAACGUCAGUGGACGACUACCUAAGGAAGGUGGAAAUGUCAGUUCAAGAAAUGAGGUUGGUUCUUGCUACCACAUUGGAUGUCGGUUCUAGUCCUUCUGAAUCAGAGAAGAUUUUAAAUAAAUAUCUGGAAUUGGAUAUCCAAGCCAAGGAGACAGCACAUGCAUUAGAAGCAGCAGCAAAAAUCACGACAGAGAAAAAUGAACUUGAACUCAAUGAAGUGGCAUUGCUUCCUUUUAAAGUGAAACGGCUAGAAGAAGAAUUAAGCACGCUUAGUCGAAGCGUCAGCUACAGGUCACAAGUCCUGCAAACUUACAUAGCAUUUCGAAAGUCAUCCGAGGAGGUAGAGGAGCAGCUUCAGAGCCUAAAGGAAUUUUAUCUGACCGAAAGCCCUUGGGAAGAUGAAGACGAUGCUGUGGUCACGUGCCAGUCUAACUCUGCCGAAAGAAAAUGGCAGCUAUUUCUAAAGAAGAGUUUUUUGACCCAGGACUUGAGCCUCGAGUUCCUGAACUUAAUAAGCAUGGCAAAAGAGAAUGAGAUAUUAAAUGUUAAAAAGGAAAUGCACAUUGUGGAGAACGUGAUGGAAAAGCAAACAAACGGAAGGGAAGAGCUCAGCCGUCUCCGAAUGGCAUGGCACCUCAAAGCCAUGGAAGGCAAGCCUGUGAAAGAACGGUGGGAAACGUUCAAAGAGAAACUUAAAAAGACAACUCACAAUGUAAAACUUCUCCAUGAAGUUCUGAUGCCUGUCUCUGCGCUGGACCUUGGAGGGAACCUCCAGAGCAUGUCAGAUCUGCGAAGAAGGUGGAUCGCAAUGCAGCCUCAGCUCCAGCAACUGCAUGAGGACGUUCAGCAAAUCAUGAAAGAGUGGGAAGUGCUAAGUGGUCAGGGAGUUCCUUUGAAGGAGAAGGCUGAACAACUGAAGGACCUUAUCCAUCUCCAUCAGAGGCAGAGAGAGCGAAUCCAGGAAUAUGAGGAAAUCCUGUACAAGACAGUCCAGUUCCACCAGGUCAAGGAAGAGCUGACCCAUCUCAUCAAACCAAGAGAACUGGAGCUCCUAGCACAGCCCAUGGAACUGGAAGGUUCUAAGGAGGUCCUGAUGCAACUGGGCCGUUCUCAAGGAAGACGGGCACACGUAGACCAUCUCCAUCGGCUGGCCCUAUCCUUAGGAGUGGACAUCAUUUCAUCCGUGCAACGACCUAAUUGCUCGAAUAUUUCUGCAAAGAGCCUGCAGCAGCAGCUGGAGGCCCUCGAACUGGAUAGCAGGGAUUGGAGUGCCAAAGCCAAGGAAUAUGAACAGGUCCUGGCCUGCAGCUUGGAGUACUGCACCACACGAGAGGAGAUCAAUGAGCUCAAAGAGUCAUUCAAAGAUAUAAAAAAGAAAUUCAACAAUCUGAAGUUUAAUUACUCUAAGAAAAAUGAGAAAUCUCGAAACUUAAAGACUCUUCAAUAUCAAAUCCAACAAGUGGAAACAUAUGCUGACAAAAUUCAGGCUUUAAGGAAGAAAAUGGAAAAGGUUAAUAAAAAGAUAUCCGAUUCAGUCUUAAGUUAUCCAAGUAAUAAAGCUAACACCCUUGUGGAAGCCAUGGAGGAUUUGAAAAAACACGUCGAUGACUUUGACAAAGUUGUGACAGAUUAUAAGAUGAAUUUGGACCUGACUGAGCAUCUCCAGGAAGUAAUAGAAGAGUGUAACUUUUGGUAUGAGGAUGCUAGUGCCACUGUGGUAAGAGUUGGGAAGUAUUCCAUGGAGUGCCAAACAAGGGAAGCUGUAGACAUCCUCCACAGGCAGUUCCAGAAGUUUGUUACUCCCUCAGUGCCCCAGCAAGAAGAAAGGAUUCAGGAGGUCGUCAGCCUUGCUCAACGACUAUAUGGUUUGGAAGAGGGGCAGAAAUACGCUGAGAAAAUCGUCACAAGACACAAGGAGAUUCUUGAAUCUAUUACUGAAUUAUGUGGGUCUCUCGUGGAACUUAAAGAAAAACUGAUGCAGGGAGAUGUUCCAAAGGUGAAUUCAAAUUUGGAAGAUUUCCACGGCAAUUCCAUUGAUCUGCUAAAGGAGCCAGGGAGGGAUGAGCAGACAACAUUCAGUGAAGAAAGGAGUGAGGGGCAGGCGCAGGGAGCAGAUGUGUCGGCCAUCAAUGGAACAAGAGAAGAUGGGCUUCCCGUGGGCUUGAGGCAGUCCUUUGACAAAGAGGACAGUGCCCAGGGUCUGACCCUGCCAGAAGACACGCUCUCCGGAGAAGACUCUGAGUGUAUCUCCUCUGAUGACAUUUCUUUGCCUCCACUGCCAGUGACCCCCGAGUCCCCUCUGGCACCAUCAGACAUGGAGGUAGAAGAACCUGCCAGUUCUUCAGCCCUCGCCCUGCAUAUCAGCGGCUACAGGAUGCGUACAGGGACAGGUGGUCUAGGGAAGGCCCCGGAGUCUGUUCUGCCCCCACCCACUGCUUUUACUGAUGGGUACCAUAAUAAGAAAGACACAUUUACAAGUCAUUUUGAGAGGCCCUAUCCACAGUUCAAAGCUGAACCCUUAUUAACCUCCAGAGGGUCAGGAGAGAUGAGUACCAAGUUGCACGUCAAUGUGAAAUGUCCAGCGCGCAUGCCCCGUGAAGUGCACGACAAAGCUUUGCCGCCAAGCUCCCAGGCUCAGGAGAUCUCGCUAGGAACGCAGGAGAAAGUGCAUGCUGAUUCUAACGUCACUAAAACCCAAGACAGGCUGCAUGCUGCCCUUGAUGUAUCCCCUGGCCUCAGCUCUCAAUCAGACACCAGCAGAAGCCAUCAGAGGCAAGUGGGUCCCCAAGGAGACAGGAAAAACUCAUCAGCAGAAAAAAGCGUGGUCAGCCUAGCUGGCCAGGCGCCUCAUUUCUCCAGGCUGCUGUCCAAUGUAACUGUCACGGAAGGUUCCCCGGUGACUUUGGAAGUCGAAGUAACAGGAUUCCCAGAGCCUACACUGACAUGGUUCAAGAAGGGCCAGAAACUGUGUGCAGAUGGACACUUACAGGUUUUGCACAAGGACACAAAGCAUUCGGUGUUCAUCCCGAAGGUAUGUGAGGCAGAUGCUGGCCUCUAUGUGGCUCAAGCCCAAAACUCUAGUGGCACCCUGUCUUCCAAAGCCAUCCUCCAUGUGACAGGUAACCAUGGGCCACCAAUUACAAGAAUAAACUGGAUUGUGCUGUGUAUCAUCUAUGUCAGCGUAUCAGUAAUAUACUGGCUACUUACACAGUAGUGAUAUGUUGCCAUCAAUGGACAUUUUUAUGAGCCUAAAAGACAAUAUGGUUGUUUAUUUUCUCAUGCAUCACACAAAGCACCCCCUAACACACACACACACACACACACACACACACACACACACACACACAUGCACACACACCAAUUCAUCUCCACUUUGACUAAUCCCACUGCUAGGUGGAAUAAUUGUAUUUUCUCUACAAUUCAACAUACUUGGGGAACACGGGAAAUUAUAUACAGUGAGUAAUGAUGCAUUCUGUACUCUAGGAAGAGAAAUAUUCUGUAUAAUAAGCUGAUCUCUUGUUUAAAGGCAUGUGAAUGCUCACAGAGAUCACAAGGAUCAUAGGGUUGUGAUCUAAUUUUCAAAUCCAAAUUUUUGAUAAUUUCUCUUUAACCGUGUUCACAAACCAUCUCUUUGUAGGGCAUUACAUCAAAUUGAAGUUGUGAUUCUCAAAAUUGUAUUAGCUCUCCUUUCAACUGUGCUUUUCCCAUUUUGAUCUUGUUUACUGAGCAAACUUGACCUGUGCUGUGUCAACAUACUCUACAUUCCUGAGUCUGAGAAUGUCACUGUCCAUAACCAUUCCACGAGAAGGUCUCUUGGGCUUGAUGUUGGAGAACAGAUGUGCCUUUAGCUUCAAAGUGGAGUCAGCCUUUCUGUUAGCUCUGCACGUCCUAUGUCGAGAUGGAAUACAGGCUGCAGGAAGAGACCAGUUUUCUCCCCAUUCUUCCACUGCUGUGUAUUGGCCACCCUGUGCAUAUCUGUAGGCGGGCCCUACUGCGUCUGACAUUGCUGCUGCUGCUGCUGCUCCUGCUGAACACUCGUGUAGCCAUUCACAAGGCAUCUCAGUGCCUCACCUUCUCAUCUGGAAGAGGGGCUCAUCUACCUCUUGACAACCGCGUUUUUGUCUUACGUCCUGUGGUGAUGCGGCCAGUGGAAAAGUACUCAGUGAAGACUCAUUACAAUGCUUGGUAUGAUUUGCCAUCUUGCUACUCAUCACCCAUUAAUUCCCUUUCAAAUGCAGAUCUUUUAGAAUAUUAAAUGAAAAGAGUGCUGUUAAUAUGUAAUUCCCCACUACUCCCUUGGGGGAGGGUAAGACUGAUGUUCUAUGAAUUAGAGUUUAAAUUCCUUUCUAACUUCUUACAACUACAUCCUUUUCAAAGGCUUUGGACAGUAACCUCCGGAGGAUAUAGUUAGUGUAUUUUAGGGGGGAGUCUGGGAAAGAUAGGAGAAGAAAAAUCUAGCCUUCUUUUGUGCAAUUAUUACUGUAAUAUUGAAGAAUGUUAUAUGGCUUUCUAAUAUGCAUUAUUCAAAAAAAGAGAGGCAUUUGUUUUCAUAUUUUAAACUUUGUCAUGCUAGGGUAAAAUCUUCAGUUGAAAGAAUAAUUUAUUGCAGAGUUUUGAUGAAGGGAAGAAAUUAAUUAUGUUGCUGGAAGACUGUCUACAAAUAAUCAAAAUAUUUAAAUAGGAUGUAUUUGACGUGGUAUUAAAAAGCUACUGAAUAUUGUGGAAGAUAAGAAAUGUCUAGUAAAAAGUUGGCUAUUUUUUUUCUUGUGCUGUGUAUUGCAUUUAAUUAAAAAACUGUAACUGUUUUCUAUCAACUUUUGACAGAAAGCUAUUAAAAAUCAUAUGUAUAA